GGAGAUGGCGGGGGAGGGAGUCGCCACCUCCAUCGAGCUCACCAACUGCCGGCCACGACAUGGUGCCACUACGAAUUGCAGUGGAGGACAGCAAGAUCGACAUCGGCGACUUUUUCAAGGGCGAUUUACCCAAGAAAUUCCUCAUGCUCCUGGGUCUGCUCGCGCUAUCCCGCGUGGGAAUCUACAUUCCCCUGUGGGGCGUCGAUAUCUCCGCCUUCCAGGAGCAACUGGGGGAGGGCUCAUUCCUGGCCACCCUAGACACGCUCUCAGGGGGCGGGAUUGGACGGCUGGGAUUGUUUUCGCUGGGCAUCGUGCCGUAUAUCAACGCUCAGAUCGUGUUCCAGCUGCUGGGGACGCUGUACCCUAAGAUUGGGGAUCUGCAGAAGAAGGAGGGGGAGGCGGGGAGGAAGAAAGCGCAGCAGUACAUGAAGUAUAUGGCUGUGGCGUUCGGUGCCCUGCAGGAAGCAGAGCGGCGUUUCUUCUACCUCCCCGCCAACGUGGCACUCAUUGCCUUCUUCAACUACUUCUACACCUUCCUGCAACUCGACCCUGCUGAUGUCAGCGACCAGCUCAAGAGGCAGGGUGCGUCCGUACCCAACACGAGGCCCGGCAAAGCAACAGCCGCACUCAUCACCAAGGUCCUCACCCGCAUUUCGGUGCUCGGGUCGGCGUUUCUCGGCACUGAUGGCAGCAGCGCCGGCUCUUGUGGAAGGAAUCACUCACCUCACGGCCUUCCGGGGGCGGUGGAUCCCUCCCGCACUGUAGGAGGGCCCUUAUUCCUCCCUCCAGCAGGGACGACAGGCUCCAGCGUAGCAGCGCCUACCCGCCGCCGCUCCACCCGCCGUGACGGCGCCCACCGCGCUCACCAGGUAGCGCCGCGCGCGCUGCUGGCCGCGCGGACAGCACCGGCGAGCAUGCUGCACGCGGAGCAGGUCAGCGCGCCGUUCCCCCCUUUUCCCAUGCCUUUCCGCCUUGCGCAUGCAUGUCCGCCUUUCCCCUGCCUUUCCGCCUUGCCCAUGCAUUUCCGCCUUCCCCAUGCCUUUCCGCCUUCCCCAUGCCUUUCCGCCUUGCGCAUGCCUUUCCGCCUUGCGCAUGCCUUUCCGCCUUGCGCAUGCCUUUCCGCCUUUCCCAUGCAUUCCCGCCUUGCGCAUGCCUUUCCCCCUCUGCUCAUGCCGUUCUCCCUGCCCAUGCCUUUCCCCCUCUGCUCAUGCCGUUCUCCCUGCCCAUGCCUUUCCCCCUCUGCUCAUGCGUUGCCCCCUUUGCCCAUGCUUUGCCCCGUUUGCUCGUGCCGUCCGUUCCGCCAUGUCAGGGAGAUGGCGGGGGAGGGAGUCGCCACCUCCAUCGAGCUCACCAACUGCCGGCCACGACAUGUGGAGGACAGCAAGAUCGACAUCGGCGACUUUUUCAAGGGCGAUUUACCCAAGAAAUUCCUCAUGCUCCUGGGUCUGCUCGCGCUAUCCCGCGUGGGAAUCUACAUUCCCCUGUGGGGCGUCGAUAUCUCCGCCUUCCAGGAGCAACUGGGGGAGGGCUCAUUCCUGGCCACCCUAGACACGCUCUCAGGGGGCGGGAUUGGACGGCUGGGAUUGUUUUCGCUGGGCAUCGUGCCGUAUAUCAACGCUCAGAUCGUGUUCCAGCUGCUGGGGACGCUGUACCCUAAGAUUGGGGAUCUGCAGAAGAAGGAGGGGGAGGCGGGGAGGAAGAAAGCGCAGCAGUACAUGAAGUAUAUGGCUGUGGCGUUCGGUGCCCUGCAGGAAGCAGAGCGGCGUUUCUUCUACCUCCCCGCCAACGUGGCACUCAUUGCCUUCUUCAACUACUUCUACACCUUCCUGCAACUCGACCCUGCUGAUGUCAGCGACCAGCUCAAGAGACAGGGUGCGUCCGUACCCAACACGAGGCCCGGCAAAGCAACAGCCGCACUCAUCACCAAGGUCCUCACCCGCAUUUCGGUGCUCGGGUCGGCGUUUCUCGGCACGAUGGCAGCAGCGCCGGCUCUUGUGGAAGGAAUCACUCACCUCACGGCCUUCCGGGGGUUUGCUGGAACGUCCAUCCUCAUUUUAGUCGGAUGCGCUACCGAUACAGCCAGGAAGGUGCAGGCGGAGCUGGUUUCGCAGAAGUAUAGGACGAUUGAGCUGGAUGAUAUCAGUGCGGGUGGUGGAGGGAUUCCGCCUCCUAGGUGGAUUCUAGGGACGACAGGCUCCAGCGUAGCAGCGCCUACCCGCCGCCGCUCCACCCGCCGUGACGGCGCCCACCGCGCUCACCAGGUAGCGCCGCGCGCGCUGCUGGCCGCGCGGACAGCACCGGCGAGCAUGCUGCACGCGGAGCAGGGAGAUGGCGGGGGAGGGAGUCGCCACCUCCAUCGAGCUCACCAACUGCCGGCCACGACAUG